AAAAGUAAAAGGAACGAGGGGAAAGGGCUCUGCAAUUUACGAUUGUUGCAAGCGUUUAGCAUUUUCGUUGCCACAGAACACCGAGAGAGCGUUGAAUAUGGCAAAGACGCUGCUACUGCCUUACGUGUUAUCUGCCUUCCGAGCUCCGCUCCUCUCUCGUGCUUUCCCUUGUUUUCAGGUCAGACCCUUUGUUUCUUCAAGUGCGUUACGAUCUCUCCAAGGUGUAUGCGGCAAUAAACUCGAAAUUCGGGGCGUCUCCAGUGAUGGAAACGAAGUUCGGAGAGUCAAGGGACAUAAUUUCUCCGUUCGAGCAACGCAGGCUAACGAUUCUAGCUCAAUCGACUCCUCCAUGAUGCAGUCCAUGGAGAAGAAGAUCAAGGAGCAACUAAAUGCAGAUGCAGUCACUGUUAAGGAUGCUUAUGGAGAUGGUCGGCAUGUUAGCAUUGACGUUAUCUCCUCAGCCUUUGAGGGAGAAUCUGCUGUGAACAGGCAGAGGAUGGUCUACAAAGCAAUAUGGGAAGAACUGCAGACAACCGUGCAUGCAGUUGACCAGAUGACCACCAGAACCCCAAGUGAAGCCACAGGGAGCAGAUAAACACACCCAAGUGGGAAUCGCCAUAUCAAAUCACAUGCCUCCUUAUGGUCCUCUCUUGUGAGAAGCUCGACCCAUCUUGAUUGUCAUUACCAUAUUUUCCAUCUGCCAUGUUCUUUUACCUGAAUGGUUUUAAUAUUAUCUUUUUUUUUUUCCUGGUAAACAAUGGUUUUCAUAUUUUCAGAUCUAUAAAAGAAAUUCUCAAUUCACCA